UCUCUCGACUUUCCUAAUUGGGCCCCUCAUCAGGACUCAUCACUAGUGAGUAUGUAAUGUAAGCCGAUAUUAAUACUUAGUGCUACACUAGCAAAACCACCAUCAAAACUAGUCUCUCCACGGUUAAGCUUAGCUAUACCUAUUCUCUCUCUCUCUCUCUCUCUCUCUGAGUCUGUUCUCCAACAACUGAUCUCUUAUAAUUUCUUGCUUUGUUUCUUUACCACCCAUUAGCUCCAUCAGUUUCCCUUCCCUUGCUAACUUAAUCAAUGAUCAGAUUUACUUUGGUUUGUUCAUAAACUAGUCUAUACUUCACCAUUCAUUUGAUUAAGCUCUCUCUAUCUCCCUCUCCCUCCAAAUUAGCCAAAGAAAGACUGUUUUUCUUUCGCAGCUUCUUUAUGCCUGUUGGAAAUUGGAAAAUGGAAGGUGACUGUUUAAGCAGCGCAUGAGCAUGAAUUAGCUAUAUACCAAACAUAUAUUCUCAAAGGGAAGUUCAUCCUCUAAUUGUUUUCUUUCUUUCAUUCUUUCUGAUCUUCUCUACUCCUUAGCCAUUUCUCGAUCGAUUAAUUUCUUUUAUGUUUAUCUUCUUUCUUGGGAGUCUUUGAUGAGUGCGUGGUGACCUCCUUUACUCCCUCCCCCCCUCUCUCCUUGUCCCCUCUAUCUAUCUAUCUAUCUAUCUGUUUCAAAUUAAUGAAAGAGGAACACUAGUAGUAUUUGCUAGCUUGGUUCUACUACUGGUAUACAGCAAUUUAUGGAGAUAUAUGUCGAAGUGGAUGUGGCUCAAGCGUGAAUCAAGACCCUUUUAAUUAAUUGCUGUACUAUGUUCUUUAAUCAAAAGGAUUAAUUAUAUAUUGGCACCAUAUUCAAACCCUCCAAUUCUGUUUGUCUUUCUCUCCCCUCUCUCUCUUGUUCCUUUUCUUUUGGUCUCCAACUACCAAACAAACAAGACCCAAAUCAUUAAAAUAGUAGUUAGAGAAAAAAGAAAAGAAAGAUCCAUCUAUCUAUCCUAGCUAAAGAAUAGAUUGAUUAAUUAAUUAAUAAUGGAUCAACUUUCAAGUCAAGAAGGAGAGAUCCCACUCACAAUCCCAGUCCCGAUCCCGAUCCCAAUAAAUACUUCCUUUAGAAGUGGUGGGCAUGGCCACUUGAUCCAUCAUCAUCAGCAGCAGCACCCCCAUGACCCUACAGCAGCAGCAACAGCAAGAGCAGCCGUGCCCCACAACAACAACAAAAACAACCAUUCCAAUUUCCUUCCCCCCUCAACAGUGGUGCCCCAAAAUCAAACCCCCCACAAUACUAAUGGCUCUAAUCCCAUGCCCACAGGCCUGGAUCAUUCUCAUGAGGAGGAGGAGGAGCAGGAGGAGGAGCAUCAUGAUCAUUUCAACAACGCAAAUGCAAAUGUUGUGCCCUACAAAUACAACACUCACAAUAAUAAGAAACAAGCAGUUGUUGGGCACAAUGGUGUGAGGUACAAGGAGUGCCUCAAGAACCAUGCAGCAGCCAUGGGAGGGACUGCCACGGAUGGCUGUGGCGAAUUCAUGCCCAGUGGAGAAGAGGGCACCAUUGAAGCCCUUAACUGCUCUGCCUGCCACUGCCACAGAAACUUCCACAGAAAAGAAGUUGAAGGUGAGCAGCAGCAGCUCUCCUCUUGGGAUCAUAAUUUCCAUCAUACCAUCAACAGGGCGGCUGGUGUUGGCAGCAAGAAAUUCUUAUUAAGCCAUGAAAGAGGAGGAGGAGGAGGAGGAGGACGUCACAAGAGUUUACUAGCACCACCCCAAUACCCCCACCAGCACCAGAUGAUAAUGUCUAACUACAACAUGGGGAUGGGGAUGAUUGGGAUGGUGGGGUCCAUUCCUUCAGAUCAGUCUGAUGAGCAGGAAGAUCAUCAUCAUCAUCGUCAUCAUGGUGGCGGUGGUGGUGGGACAGUGGGCAGCAGGCCAGCAGUAGGACAUGUAGCAAAGAAAAGGUUCAGGACAAAGUUUACACAGGAGCAGAAGGAGAAAAUGUUAAACUUUGCAGAGAAAGUAGGGUGGAAGAUUCAGAAGCAGGAAGACUCGUUUGUCCAAAACUUCUGCCAAGAGAUUGGGGUCAAAAGAAGAGUUCUGAAGGUUUGGAUGCACAACAACAAACACAACCUAGCCAACAAGAUCAACCCACCACCACCUCCCCCACCUGCCCCUUAAUCAUCGAUUAGCUAGUUUCUGCUUAACCCUACCCUUAUAAAGUACUCAUCAUUAUUAUUAUCAUUUGUAAUUUACUCUGGCUUUUUUUCUUCUGUUUAUUCAUAAUGUUCUCCUUUUUCAUCUCCAAUUUUCUUGGGUUUUCUUUAUUAUUAUUCUUAUAUCUGUAAUA